AUGGUGAAGGCACGUGUCAGCAGCAUCUGGGAAGGCCAUUCUGCCACUAAAAGAGAUAUCCGUGAAGCGGGGCCAAGCAAGAAAACAGGCAGGCGCUACGUGUCAUUCUUGCUCUCAUAUCCCAGCGACUGCAUGGCAGCCUGCUUUCACACAUCGACUGCUUACCCGCAGCAUGGUGUGCUUGAUAAUCACAAGAACAUAGGUUUAUGCUGCUGCAACAGUAGCUUGUUUCGUGCCAAUCAGUCAGUGUCAAAGGAGACCUGCACAGCUCAAGGGCUUCCUCCUUACAGGCUAUAUGUCGGGGACGAACCUGCGGGCAAAGCCAUGGGCAUGGGCUGGAAAUGUCGGGCAAAUGAAUUUUGCCUUGUGCACUGUGCCAAAAUCUUGCUGGAGAUGCUACUUCGCCCCUCGCACGUGCUGCAUCUGGUCGUUCUGAGGAAGCUCGGAAGGCUUCAACGUUCCGACUCCAUGCCGGCACUGGCCGCUGGACAUCCAGCUCCGUGGAUUCUCGGGCUCAUCAUUCGGUUAGUCACUAGGUUGCCAACUAGGUUGUGCAGAAGCAGCGGGGCAACAACGAGAACUUCGCCAAGCCUUCAGCUCCUUGAGAUCUAUCGCACCCGACUGAUCCGUGUCAAAGAGGUCGAAGGCCUGAGUGUUCACAACUUUCUUUCAAUAAGUUCAUGGAUGACAGCAUGUCGGAUCAGCUUGUCGACUGCAAAGCGGAGACGCGACGAUGCACGUCAGGGCAGCGCAUUGCUGCCAAAUUUCAACACAGGACAUGUCAAGCGCUUGGACCCUGAAAGUUGGCUCACGUUUCUCAACAGCUGGAGUAGGAGGAGGCAUCUUCGGACACUCCUCUGUCCGACAGCACCGGCAUCUUACGAUGGCCUUCCAAUGCUUGCAAAGUAG